AUGAGUCAUAGAGUACAACUUCUUUUAGGUGCAUACCAUAUGACAUUUCCUUUGAAAAGUGUUGACAAAACGAUUGAGAUGAAAUCUGUUCCAUACGUAUGUUAUGGCAAUUGUUUGUACAUUGAGUCAAAAAUAGCUAAUGUCACAGGCAUUUCAGGAGUUAAUAGUAAAGGUUCAGUAGAAUAUAAAUCCUUCUGUUAUGCAGUCAAUUCAAUGUUCAUUCCAAACGUUCCUGUCAUAGCAACUCAUUUAGGUAAAUGGGUUCGCAUUAGUCCUCAUAAUUUGAAAGACAUGCAAUUCAGACUUGUUGACUUUCAAGGAGAGCCUGUAGAACUGAAGGCACCAGUGCGAAUGACUGUUGAAGUUGACUUUUUAGAAAAUAUUAAAUGCAACAGCUUACAAGAGAACUCAGAGCUAAAAAUAUAA